UAGUGACACAGGGGGCUCAGAUGUACUGAGGGGGGCAGGCUGCUGCUGUUGCUGCUGCUGCAGAAAGGGUUACUCUCUCUCGCGCGCACUGCCUCUACUGCCCCAUCCUCCGCGCUCCUCGCCUACUCGCCCGCGCCAACACCACAGUGGCCCUGACACCACCAUGGCGGACCAGUACCAGUACAACACCAACGAGGUGAAGAUCGUGAAGGACAGCCACACGAAGGAAAUCGACCUGAUCAACAGGGACCCCAAACUGAUCAACGAGGACGUGGUCAAGGUGGAGUUUGAGGAUGUGAUCGCGGAGCCUGACGGCACACACAGCCUGGACGGGGUGUGGAAACUCAGCUACACCACCUUCACCGUGUCCAAGUACUGGUGCUACCGCAUCCUGUCCGCCGUCUUCGGCAUCCCCGUGGCUCUGCUGUGGGGCUUCCUGUUCGCCUGCAUCUCUUUCUGCCACAUCUGGGCCGUGGUUCCCUGCAUCAAGAGCUGCCUGAUCGAGUCGCAUUGCAUCGGCCGCAUCUAUUCGCUCUGCAUCCAGACUUUCUGCGACCCCUUCUUCGAGGCCCUGGGCAAAAUCUUCAGCAGUGUGCGCGUGGCCUUGCGCAAAGAGGUCUAAAGAAAUGAAUAAAUCAGAAAUAAACUCACACGGUGGCGUUGUUUAUACCAUGAGUGGAUGUACCUUUUUAUAAGCUCCGGAGGACCAGUUCUGGUGUCCUCUAUUGUGUCCGCCCCAAGACACCGCUUCUCUUUUCGUCGCUCCCUGACCCCAACCCUCCCCUUUCGGCCGUCUGAGCCCCGACAUGCCUCGCUUGCCCUCUGCUACGAGAAGUUCUGUGACAGCUGCAGGACGAAGUGUGGUUCUGUGACAGCUCUGGUCACCACGCUGAGCGAAAACAGGACUGGUAGCAAUGAGGAGGCUCGACCAGCAUCACCCGCUAUCAGAACAUGCUGGAACAACGGCUCCCUCAUCACGUGUCCCCAAACACCUCUGCAGAACACGCUGGAACAACGGCUCCAUCAUCGUGUCCCCCAAACAUCUCUGCAGAACACGCUGUGACAAUGUCUCCAUCAUCACGUGUCCCCAAACAUCUCUGCAGAACACGCUGGAACAAUGGUUCCCUCAUCACGUGUCCCCAAACAUCUCUGCAGAACAUGCUGGAACAAUGGUUCCCUCGUCACGUGUCCCCAAACAUCUCUGCAGAACACGCUGGAACAAUGUCUCCAUCAUCACGUGUCCCCAAACAUCUCUGCAGAACACGCUGGGACAAUGUCUCCAUCAUCACGUGUCCCCAAACAUCUCUGCAGAACACGCUGGAACAAUGGCUCUCUCAUCACGUGUCCCCAAACAGCUCUGCAGAACAUGCUGGAACAAUGGUUCCCUCAUCACGUGUCCCCAAACAUCUCUGCAGAACACGCCGGAACAAUGUCUCCAUCAUCACGUGUCCCCAAACAUCUCUGCAGAACACACUGGGACAAUGCCUCCAUCAUCACGUGUCCCCAAACAUCUCUGCAGAACACGCCGGAACAAUGUCUCCAUCAUCACGUGUCCCCAAACAUCUCUGCAGAACACACUGGGACAAUGUCUCCAUCAUCACGUGUCCCCAAACAUCUCUGCAGAACACACUGGGACAAUGUCUCCAUCAUCACGUGUCCCCAAACAUCUCUGCAGAACACGCUGGAACAAUGGCUCUCUCAUCACGUGUCCCCAAACACCUCUGCAGAACACGCUGGAACAACGGCUCCAUCAUCGUGUCCCCCAAACAUCUCUGCAGAACACGCUGGAACAAUGUCUCCAUCAUCACGUGUCCUCAAACAUCUCUGCAGAACACGCUGGGACAAUGUCUCCAUCAUCACGUGUCCCCAAACAUCUCUGCACCUGUGGAACAAAACUACCCAGAUUCAACCGAUUUGGCUAAUUUUCAGUUUUUCAACUGUUACUGUCUGUUGCUGUGUCUCAUUUUACUGUACUUCAUACCAUGCCAUUGAAGUCACUGUGGAAGAGUUUUAACGCAAUUUGAUCAUCCUCUAGAGAGCAAAACACAGUCGUUGGAUGCCCAUGUGUGUCGAUAUCACAUUUUCUGAAUGUUUUCUUUUUUUUUAAUGAUUCUAGCUGCUGUGGCUCUGCUUUCCUUGUAAACUGUAUGUAUGGUGGUAUACAAUAUGUGUUUCCGUUUACUUUCUGAUUGUGCCAGAGAAGCCAGUAUACUCUUCUCCGGCCCGUAAUUGGUAACAAGAAUGUAGGGAAACAACCCUUUAGAAAGGCUGUUUUCCUUUCAACGGAGGAUGAUUCAGUGGAACGGAUAACACGUUCGCAUAUCUCAGCCAAAUAUGCGGGGACAAGAAGCUUAUCUGCUGCAGAAGUAUGCAAACCUCUCACUACGAAGCCUGUUUAUACACUGAUGUCCUGACUGGGUCUGCAGAGAAUAAAAACAUAAAGCAA